AUGGCUGACGCCCGGGAGGAGCCCUUGAAGGGCCUCCCCCUGUACAACCUGCUCUUGGAGAAGUUUCGCGCAGUGCCAGAUGCUGAGGGAAGGCUGGACUGCGAGAAACUUGCCGAUGCGGCGAUGCAGAUAUCUGUUAUGUACGAGCUCGUUUUUGGGAAGGGGUUCAUAUCUCGACACUUGAAGCAAGAUAUCGCGAACUCAUCUGGCCGAAUGAGGGAGGCAGCAAGGGCCUUGAGUGAGAUUCGAGGCGGAGGCCCAGUAACCGCAGAGGAUCUGAUUUCAUGGGAGCUGAAGCAGUUAGGAAUCCCUCGAAUGCGCAAAGACCAAAAAAGCGGUGUGAGGGGAAUGUUGUGGAUGCAACGAGCGCUGGAGUUUGUCUUCACGCUGAUUUGCAACAUGUUCGGGACAAUGAAGACUGCGACAGCCAAGGAAUGCGCAUUGGAUGCCUACGAUCGCAUUCUGAAGCCCUACCACAGCUUUUUGGUGUCGAACAUAGCCUCUUUAGCGUUCAGUCUCGCCCCGUCGAAGGAGGAAUUUGUCAGUCGUCUGGGCUUUGAGAUGUCCGAAGCAGAGGUGUGCCUCCCCAGCAUCCAGGAGGUGAUCCUGCCAGUGACAUCCCGACUGAAAACCAUCCUUGAAGAGUCGAAUUGUAAUUUCCCCGACAAGGCUUAA